CCCUGGAUCGGAUCGUGCAGAUUAUCUAAAAUCAGAGACGAAGCACAGCCGGAGUAAGAGAGAAGAGAACUUGUCAGCGGGUCUGUGCUGCCCUGUGCCCCUCACCCAUGGCCUGAGCCCCCGGGAGGCAGGAUGUGGGGGAGUUACUGCCGGGCGCUGCUGCUCUGGAUCCUGCUGCAGGGAUGCGCGGGACCCCGACCCGACCACAAAAGGAGGACUGGGAUUUCACCUGAGACGGUGAAGCUUUGGGCGGACACAUUUGGCAAUGAGAUUUAUGCAGUGGUCACUAAAUACUCGGGGGCCCUCCUCUUACAAAAGAAGUACAAGGAUGUAGAACCUUCGCUGAACAUUGAGGAGGUGGACGGACUGGAGCUGGUCAGGAAGUUCUCAGAAGAGAUGGAGAGUAUGCUGCGGAGGAAGGUGGAGGCUGUGGAGAGACUGGUGGAGGCGGCAGAAGAAGCGGAUUUACAGCACGAGUUUAAUUCGUCCCUAGAGUUUGAAUACUAUAAUUCUGUGAGGAUUAAUGAGAAAGAUGAGAAUGAUAAUUAUGUAGAGCUGGGGAAUGAAUUCAUUUUGGAAACUAAUGAGCACUUUAAUAAUCUCAUGGUGAACACGACCCUCAGUAACAUUCAGCUGCCUACGAAUGUCUACAACAAAGAUGCAGACAUCCUCAACGGGGUGUACAUGUCUGAAGCAUUGAACCCUGUGUUUGUGGACAACUUUCAGAGGGACCCCACUCUGACCUGGCAGUAUUUUGGCAGCUCCACAGGAUUCUUCAGACUCUAUCCAGGAAUCAAAUGGGCGCCAGAUGAAAAUGGGGUGAUCUCAUUUGACUGCAGGAAUCGUGGGUGGUACAUCCAGGCAGCCACGUCUCCAAAGGACAUUGUGAUUGUGGUAGACAUCAGCGGAAGUAUGAAAGGUCUAAGGAUGACCAUCGCCAAACACACGAUUAACACGUUGCUGGACACUCUGGGAGAGAACGACUUUGUGAACAUCAUAGCAUACAAUGACUAUGUCCAUUACAUUGAGCCAUGUUUCAAGGGGAUUUUGGUGCAGGCAGACAGAGAUAAUCGGGAGCAUUUUAAGCAGCUAGUGGACGAAUUACAGGCCAAAGGUGUGGGAACUGUCAAUAAAGCCCUCAUUGAGGCAUUUAAAAUCUUAAAGGAGUUCCGAGAGGCUGGUCAGGGUGGACUUUGUAACCAGGCAAUUAUGCUGAUCACUGAUGGGGCCGUGGAAGAUUAUGAGCCAGUGUUUGAAAAAUAUAAUUGGCCUGAAAAGAAGGUCCGAAUGUUUACAUAUCUUAUAGGGAGAGAAGUGACAUUUGCAGAGAAUGUAAAAUGGAUCGCAUGUAGCAACAAAGGGUACUAUACACAGAUCAGUACUCUGGCUGAUGUCCAGGAGAACGUGAUGGAAUACCUCCAUGUGCUUAGCCGGCCAAUGGUCAUCAACCAUGACCACGAUAUAAUCUGGACGGAGGCAUACAUGGAUAGUGCGCUCUUUGCUUCCCAGGCUCAAAGUCUGCUUCUUAUGACAACUGUGGCCAUGCCUGUGUUCAGCAAGAAAAAUGAGACGAGAUCAGAAGGAAUUCUUUUGGGAGUUGUAGGAUCUGAUGUUCCCUUGCGUGAACUGUUGAAAUUGGCUCCGAGGUACAAGCUCGGGGUUCAUGGUUACGCCUUUCUGAACACAAAUAACGGUUACAUACUCUCUCACCCUGACCUGCGCCCCCUGUACAAGGAAGGAAAGAAACUUAGACCAAAGCCGAAUUAUAACAGUGUUGACCUUUCAGAAGUGGAAUGGGAAGAUCGGGACGAGAUUCUUCGGAGUGCAAUGAUCAAUGGAGAGACAGGAACCCUAUCGAUGGAGGUCAAGGUCACUGUUGACAAAGGGAAGCGUGUCCUGUUCCUGACCAGCGACUAUUUCUACACGGCCAUCAGUGACACUCCAUUCAGCCUUGGGGUUGUGUUGACACGUGGACAUGGAGAGUACAUUCUCAUAGGAAACACCUCUCUAGAAGAAGGGCUUCACGACCUGCUGCAUCCUGAUCUCACCUUGGCCAAUGAAUGGAUAUACUGCAUUACAGACAUAGACCCCGACCAUCGCAAACUCAAUCAGCUACAGGCAGUCACUCGCUUCCUGACGGGAGAAGAGCCAGACCUGGAGUGUGAUGAGGAGUUGGUGAAGGAAGUUCUUUUUGACGCAGUGGUGACUGCUCCUCUGGAAGCCUACUGGACUCAGGUUGCUCUCAAUAUGUCCAAACAGGAUGAUGGAAUGGAAGUCGCCUUCCUGGGAACUCGUGCUGGACUGAUCCGGAAAAGCUUAUAUGUGGGUGCUGAACAGAUGACAAACAAGAACUUUUUGCAUUAUGAGGAGAAAGAGAGUAUUUUCACUAUGGACCAUUUCCCACUAUGGUACAGAAGAGCCGCAGAACACCCUGCAGGCAGCUUUGUGUAUCAUGUACCAACAGACGAAAGCCCAGAUGGAGUUUACAGACCAGAAGUGGUGACGGUCAGUACUGCUGUAUCGGUCACCGUCCACAAUAAAACUGCUAUUGCUGCAGCUAUUGGGGUCCAGAUGAAACUGUCUGUGUUGCGGGAUAUCUUCUGGAAGGUGGCACUGCAGCCCAACGACACUGAUUGCAGCACUGUGGAUGGCAUGUGUCCAUUGAGCUGUGAGGACGAGAGGCUGAACUGUUACCUGAUUGACAGUAAUGGCUUCAUUGUGCUGUCCAAGGACCUAGAGCAGACAGGCAUGUUCCUCGGAGAGUUUGAUGGUUCGUUGAUGACACAGCUUCUGCACAUGAGCAUCUUCAGACAGGUGACGCUCUACGACUACCAGGCCAUGUGCAAAAUUCCAUAUCAUCACCACAGCGGAGGCCGCAACCUGCUCAACCCGCUGUUUGCAUUGAUCUCAGCUGCCCAGUGGCUGCUCAGUAACCUCGUCCUGUUUGUUCUAGAAUUCAGCCUGUGUCCUUUUUGGUCCUCUGAUAAUACAGCAGAAGCAAAGUCCUUUUUCCAUCACUCUCACAAGCACAAGAAGCAGGACAUGCUGCAGCCAUGUGACACAGAGUACCCAGCCUUCAUACAUGACACCUCCAUCCGAGAAGCCAAUGGGCUCAUUGAGUGCGGUCACUGCCAAAAGAUGUUCGUCAUGCAGCACGUAGAACAGAGUAACCUCCUCCUCUUGGUCAGCGACUCACUCUGUGACUGCAGCAUAUUCCCUGAAGUCUCCUUACAAGCCAAAGAAGUUAAAUAUAACGCUUCUGUGAAGUGUGAGCGGAUGAGAUCCCAGAAACUCAGACGACGUCCACAUUCCUGUCAUGCCUUCCACCCUGAGGAAAAUGCUCAGGACUGCGGCAGAGGGGCGGGACUAUCGGUCUCCGUUUUGUUAAUCCUUGCAUCACUCGUGGUUUCCCUACGAUGACUGAUUUCAUCAACAGCAACUGCAAAGAACAUGAAGACAUCCUGAUCCUGUUGUAGGCUCAAGAUCAUAGACAAGGGAAAGCAUGAUUAUCUAUGCAACAUAUACCGGGCCCCAGGGGCCCCACAUAGUCACAAGUAACAUACUAGACUCUCUACAGAAGCGUUUGUCACUCGCUGGAUGAUUGGGAUCCACUGAAGAGAGUAAAUCCUUUAUUAGAUGACAGCGUGUCCCCUGCAGGGAGCACUCAUCAGAUCAUUGCUGGAUUACAUCCUCAUGAAGGAGAAGUAUCACCAGAUGUAAAACCACAAAUAAUCAGCGUCCGGAGCAGCGCCUCCUGCUUUCUGCCUCCAUAAGAUUUUCUUGUUUCUAUAUUUCUAUAAUCUGUGACAUUUCCAGCAAAUAAACGUUUUUGUUUUUAUUUUU